GAGUCACGUGACUUGGCUCUCGCGUGAAGUAUAGAGGGCGAAUCGGGGAACGGUUAUAUGAGGUGCUAUCAGCCUGUGAUACCGAGUCGCAACACGCGAGGAGAAAAAAAAUCGCUUUUUAAAUUCAGGUUUCAGCGUUUACGACUACAAUCCCUGCAUUCCUUCCAAUUAAUAAGAGAACACGGAGCAGAGGAGCUUCGACUGAGGUGCUACUCGAUUGGGGGGAAAGAGGGAGCCUAACUUUAUCGCCCCGCGCCCUUAUCUGGAGUCUUGUCUGGCCGAACCGACCGGAGUGGAGCUUUUGGACGGACUUCACUUGCACUGAUAAUUAUUUUUCUUUGUUUUUGUUAUUUUGGGGUUUAUUUUUUGUUUGUUUGUUUGUUUGUUUUUUUCCUUACGAAAACUAGGAGAUUUAAUCCUGCAGCAUGUACUCGAGCUUGGCCAUACCUUCAAACCCAUCCCCGUACGGCCACGACUCCGGGAACUACGUGCACGCACCGGCCAGCUCUCCCGUGUAUGUGCCCAGCACGCGUGUGCCCGCCGCCGUGUUGCAGUCGCUGCCCUACCUGCAGCCGUGCGAACCCACGCACCAGACGCACGCGCUCACGGGCCACCAUCACGCAUGGCCACCGCAAUCUGCUGCUGACGGCUCGUCGUUUGGCGCUGGAAGCCCGCAUGCUCACGCGCCCUCCGCCACUUUCUCCUACACACACAGUCCGCCUGCGACCGGCGGUGGUAGCUGUGGCGCCCGCGACCCUGCGUCCUAUCAAAGUGCACUGGCGUUGAGUGGCGGCGCACGCGGCUCCGACCAGUACGGUGGUGCUCUGAUGCGCCCCAUGGGCGCUUCUUAUUCGAGCCCAUACGCGUACAUGGGCCCCGACGUAAGCGGAUCAUGGGCGCCUGGUCAUUUCGACAGCGGUGUGAUCGGACUACAGGGACGCCAGGGAACUCUGACGGGCAGAAGGUCUGCUCUAGAUGUGUUGGAUGAAAUGGCAGUGGAGGGACGCGAGUGUGUGAACUGCGGCUCCAUCUCAACUCCGCUGUGGAGACGCGACGGAACCGGCCAUUACCUGUGCAAUGCCUGCGGCCUCUACCACAAGAUGAACGGCAUCAAUCGGCCUCUCAUCAAACCCCAGAAACGACUGACUACAUCCCGGCGGGCAGGCCUGUGUUGCACUAACUGUCAUACCAGCACGACCACACUGUGGAGGAGAAAUGCAGAGGGGGAGCCUGUAUGUAAUGCCUGUGGCCUCUACAUGAAGCUUCACGGGGUACCCAGGCCACUGGCUAUGAAGAAAGAAAGCAUUCAGACAAGGAAACGCAAACCCAAGAUACCUAAAACUAAGGCUUCAGGGUCUUCUGUGUCCGGCACUACCUCUCCUACCUCUCAUCCCAUUUCAGAGAAUGCUUCAACAAUAAAAAGUGAACCCAAUAUUGCUGCCUCACCAUAUGCCGGUCAAACAGUUGUGUCUGUCACACAGGCUUCAACACCGUUAAGCAGCACAAGUUCGGGCCAUGUGGACAUCAAAUACGAGGACUACCCUUUCACGCCGACAUCCAUCGCCGCACAGAACACCUGGUGCGCACUGUCCCAAGCAUGAUGCAGCCUGAGACAAUGCCAUUUCUGAAAAUCACCCCAGUGCAAUCUAGGAAAAAGACUUUAUGACGAGAACUACCUAUUACACAGCCAACGCUAACAAGCAAAAACGAACUCUGGUGGAUGCCAUUCGAUGGAAUAUAUGAACUGAUAAUACAGUUUGUACAGCAUGUAACCAAUACUUCAUUGUCCGGUUGUUGAGUGUAAAUUUCAGGUCAUACCUGUUCACAUUUGUGGUGUAAGCUACAGCAGACAACUCAACAAGUUAUUACAGAGUUGGGUUUUUUUUUUACUUAGAACCAAAAUGAAGUACAAAAUCAAAAUGCACAUUAUAUAUAUAUAAAAAAAAACAAUGUUUCAUAAUAUGCUUCUUCACAAAUGAUUAACUUUUAAGAUACAUUAUUUAUGUUGAGAUAGGAGCAGUCCAGACAAACUGAGUUAUUCAAUAUAUUGUUUCUUUUUUCCAGGCAGGGAAUAUGUUUUAUGGUCAUAAUGUCAUUUGAGCACGCACACACAAACACACACACACACACACACACACACACACACAC